AUGGACGAAACCUAUGGUUCAUAUUUAUAGAACAACUUUGUCUGUUUUUGUGGACAGUAUUUUCACGGUUCUACACCCACAGUAAUCGGUGCAGCCGGCGUGUGUGACGGCAAGUGUUUAUUUUUAAAAUUGUUGUUUACCAACGUGUUCUGCUCGCAUGCUGGCUCGCUCUGUCGGUAGCGUGUUUGGUUAGUCUUACUCGUGGUGUGUUUACUGGUUGAAAGUGUAAAUCGACAAAAAUAGCUUUGCACGAGAUUUGCAAGGAAGAAAGCAUAAGUUCGCAUCGAAAAAAAAAGUUUGCAACAAGCAAGAGUGGUUUAAAAAAAAGUGCUGUGUGUAGAAGGCGAUCCAAGGGUUAAACGCUGCUGAUAACAGACACUCACUCACACCACAGUUUUACCGACUCCGGCUAAUCCACUGCACUGUGUUCGUUCGAGUGUGGAUCGUUUUUUUAAGUUGGAUCCAUCAAAUCGGCGGUAGCAACGGUGAACCGCGCUGUGGUGCUGAUUGACCAAUUUAAUUCAAUGAGGAAAAAGCAACCAACAGCGGCAGCAGAAGCGUCGUAGGAGUGAAUCACAUUGUAUCUUCCACAGAUGAGAGUUUCGCCGAUUUAUUCACCGGUCGGAGCUCGUCGCGUGCAGAGGGCUGUGAGUGGAGCAUUCGAAUCGCGCAGAACGGCUCAACAUCGUCAUCGGUCGCCUGUUUCCUAGCCAACCCCCCCUGGAGGGAAUGUGUGUGAUAUGAAGAAACGGUAGUGGUUUAAAUCCCAGAGAGUGCUAAAUAUAUAAGUCCUCUAAGAAUGAUGUUGGAGAUGAUGAUGAUACACGUAUUGCUGCUGUGAAAGUGAAACCGCAUGCCUAGUGAAACGUGUCGUGUGGAAGAAGUAGGAGCGUAAAAAUUGAAGAAAAUUUGAUUUGUAGUGGUCAGUGAGGCAUAUUUUCACAGACGAAGAAAAUGCCUAUGAAGGAAUGGAUCUACCGGCUGCAACCGGUGCAGCUGUACAUUGUUUUGGUGCUGUCGAUUUUUUACUUUUUGGUGCAACUGUUCCUGAGUCACAUCUCCCAUGCGUUGGUGCUGCUGGUCGACUCCUAUCACAUGUUGUGUAAUAUAAUUGCCCUGAGCGGGUGUAUCCUGACGAUCAAGCACAGCAAAAAGACCCCACGAUCGGUGGAACCGUGCACCCGGCUCAAUACAUCUGCUUCGCAAAAUUCGAUAGAUCCAGCUGAGAGCGAAAAUCGAUUUAUCGAAGUACCACUGCCACAGAAUGGCGAUAACUCAUCGUCAACAUCCGACAUCGUGGCGCUCAAACAGCUCAAACCGACCUCGCUCGAGGAAGACGCCACCAAUGUCAAGCAGAAGGUCAAGGCCAAAAGCCGCCAGCAGCGCGAAAACAGUUUGAAAAACACGUUCGGAUGGACCCGAAUCGAUGUCCUCACGAUGCUGGUGGUGUGCAUCUUCCUGGCCUCGUUCUGCUUCUCGGCCGUGGUGGAAGCCCUGCAAACUCUCUCGCACAUCCACCACCAGGACGCGAUGCACUUUCCCAUUCCAGUGCUCAUACUCGGUUCCAUGGGCAUCAUACUGAAUGGGUUCUGCUAUCUGCUGAUCGGAGGCUACACGUACCACCAGGGCAGCUUCCUGUACAUCACAUCCAGUGGAACGGUGAUACUCGAUCGGGUCGUCACCGGGGAUGGGAUUCGGAAGGGCGAGCGACGCCUAUCGGGCUCGCGGAGACACAUGGCAACUACAGCAUUUGGAUCGCACAAGCGACAGAGCGUGCGGGAGCUUAUGAGAGAUAUUUGCAGUACAAUCUUCGUCAUUGUAUGCUCGAUGAUAGUGCACUAUACGAACGAAGAUGAAGAUACGUCCAAAUUUGUCGAUCCGCUGUGUUCGAUAAUGUCUUGCGUGGUGCUAAUGACGCUGAGCUAUCCCUACAUGAAAGAAUCCGGCAUGAUUCUGCUACAAACCAUCCCGGAUACGAUCGACAUCGAUAUAUUCGAGCAAUCGCUCCUGAAAACGUUCCCGGACGUUUCCGGUGUGCAUGACCUGCACAUUUGGCGGCUCAGUGGCCAACAAUACGUGGCAACGGCUCACAUCAUAUUCGAAGACCCCAAAGUAUACUCAGUCAUCAACGACAUGCUGAUCAACUUCUUCCAUGAUCAGGGCAUCAGCAAGGUCACCAUCCAACCCGAGUUCAAAACUAAACUGCCAGUGCUGCCGCUGUUGGCGCCCCCUACUGCCACCCCCGGCAGUUCGUGCCUGAUGCAGUGCCGUCAGGAGGCUUGCCUUCAGAAGCACUGCUGCGAAGGAAUCAUCAAGGACGAUGGCAAAAAGUCACCUGCCACCAAAUCAUCGAACUCUACAUCCAAGGAACAUUUGGAACAGAUUCCCAUGGAGAUUCAGCACCGAAGCAUCGAAGCUGGCACUAGCCAUACGGAAGUUCCUAGUGACGAACCUGAGGCAAAGCCCACGGUCAUCUGCCUAACGGUGGCAAUCAUAAAUGAAGCUCAAGUCCCAGUAUGCUCCACUUCGGCAUCCACCAAGGAUGGGGACUGCUAGUGAAGUACAAAGAACCAGUAAGACUGAUUCCUGGCCCAAGGUCCCAUGAAAAACAAAAACAAAAACAAAAUCAGGAAACAGUCGAGAGAAAAUCCGUUACGCUUAUUGCAGAUUCUAAGAGUGUUUUUUUUUUAAGUUUUAACAGUUUU